AUGGGCAGGCCGCCGUGGUGCGAAUGCGACAAGGCGGGGAUCAAGAAGGGGCCAUGGACGCCGGAGGAGGACCUCAUCCUCGUCUCCUACAUCCACGAGCACGGCGCCGGCAGGUGGCGCCUCGUGCCCGUCAACACGGGCCUCAUGCGCUGCAGCAAGAGCUGCCGCCUACGGUGGACCAACUACCUCCGCCCCGGCAUCCGGCGCGGCAACUUCACCCCCCGCGAGGAACGCGUCAUCGUCCACCUCCAGUAA